AUGCUAGCUGAGGCAGAUGGCACGGUUCCCCAUGGAAGCGACAGCUCUAUGAGGACAAGCAAUAUCAAUAAUAAUAUAAAUCCGGACUCUUCAAUCGUAAUAUCCAAGAUGGAAGACGUUGUCAUCCCGUUCUCGUCCGAGGUGCCAUGCGACAAUAAUGGACAGCGCAUGUGGUGGGCAUUCCUCGCCUCCUCCAUGGUGACGUUUUUUGGGGGUCUCUUCAUCAUCCUGCUGUGGAGGACCCUCAAAUAUCUGUGGACUGUUUGCUGCCACUGCAACAUUAAAAACAAGGAGGCUCAGAAGGUGAACAACCCAGCCAAUAACCAGCCAGCAGACAGGGCACUAAAGGGUCCUGAUGAGAAGGAGGAGGCACCAGCCAGCGAAGUGGGAUGGAUGACUUCAGUCAAAGACUGGGCCGGUGUCAUGAUCUCCGCUCAGACUCUCACGGGCAGAGUUCUGGUGGUGUUAGUCUUUGCGCUCAGCAUUGGGGCCCUUGGAAUAUACUUUAUAGACUCGUCAGAUCCUAUAGAAUCCUGCCAGAACUUCUACAAAGAUUUCACGUUACAGAUCGAUAUGGCCUUCAACGUCUUCUUCCUCCUUUACUUUGGCCUGCGGUUUAUAGCAGCCAAUGACAAGCUGUGGUUCUGGCUGGAGGUCAACUCAGUGGUCGACUUCUUCACCGUUCCUCCCGUGUUUGUGUCCGUCUACUUAAACAGAAGCUGGCUUGGUUUAAGAUUCCUGAGAGCGCUAAGAUUGAUACAGUUCUCAGAAAUUUUACAAUUCUUGAAUAUCUUGAAAACAAGCAAUUCCAUCAAGCUGGUGAACCUGUGUUCCAUCUUCAUAAGCACAUGGCUCACAGCGGCUGGAUUCAUACAUUUGGUGGAAAACUCAGGGGAUCCUUGGGAAAACUUCCAAAAUUCCCAGUCACUAUCCUAUUGGGAAUGUGUCUACUUGCUGAUGGUGACUAUGUCUACGGUCGGCUACGGGGAUGUCUAUGCAAAAACCACCUUGGGGCGCCUGUUUAUGGUCUUCUUCAUCCUUGGUGGUUUGGCCAUGUUUGCCAGCUACGUCCCUGAAAUCAUAGAGUUAAUAGGAAACCGCAAGAAAUAUGGUGGUUCCUAUAGUGCGGUUAAUGGGAGAAAGCAUAUUGUGGUCUGUGGUCAUAUUACCCUCGAAAGUGUCUCCAACUUCCUCAAAGACUUCCUACACAAGGACAGGGAUGAUGUCAAUGUAGAAAUUGUUUUUCUCCAUAAUAUUUCCCCUAAUCUUGAGCUGGAAGCCUUGUUCAAACGUCAUUUUACCCAAGUAGAGUUCUACCAGGGAUCUGUUCUCAACCCUCACGAUCUGGCGCGAGUGAAGAUCGAGUCAGCAGAUGCCUGCCUAAUCCUUGCCAACAAAUACUGUGCAGAUCCUGAUGCAGAAGACGCCUCAAACAUCAUGAGGGUCAUUUCCAUCAAGAACUACCACCCCAAGAUCAGAAUAAUCACACAGAUGCUACAAUAUCACAACAAGGCCCAUCUGCUGAACAUUCCAAGCUGGAACUGGAAGGAAGGUGACGAUGCUAUCUGUCUGGCGGAGCUGAAGGCAGGCUUCAUUGCCCAGAGUUGUCUGGCCCAGGGCCUGUCGACCAUGCUAGCCAACCUCUUCUCCAUGAGGUCCUUCAUUGAGAUUGAGGAGGACACAUGGCAGAAGUAUUACCUUGAAGGAGUGGCUAAUGAGAUGUACACAGAGUAUUUGUCCAGUGCCUUUGUAGGCCUCUCCUUCCCCACUGUCUGCGAGCUGUGUUACGUGAAGCUGAAGCUGUUGCUUAUUGCCAUUGAAUACAAGUCUGAGCAGAGAGAGAGCAGCAUCCUCAUCAACCCGGGCAACCAUGUCAAGAUGCAGGAGGGAACACUGGGAUUCUUUAUCGCUAGUGAUGCCAAAGAAGUAAAGAGAGCAUUUUUCUACUGCAAAGCUUGUCAUGAUGACAUCACAGACCCCAAACGGAUCAAGAAGUGUGGCUGCAAAAGACCCAAGAUGUCCGUCUACAAACGAAUGAAACUGGCAUGUUGUUUUGAUUGCGGCCGUUCAGAGCAAGACUGCUCUUGCAUGUCAGGCAGUGUACAUAGUAACAUGGACACCCUUCAGAGGGCCUACCCACUUUCCUCUGUCUCUGUUCAUGAUUGCGCAACCACUUUACGUGCCUUUGAAGACGAGCAUCCAUCAACUCUCUCGCCCAAAAAAAAGCAGCGCAACGGAGGGAUGCGAAACUCACCCAACUGCUCGCCCAAAAUGAUGAGUCGGCACGACCCUCUUCUAAUUCCUGGAAAUGAACAAAUUGAGAACAUGGACAUGAACGUGAAGAGGUAUGACUCGACAGGGAUGUUUCACUGGUGCCCUUCAAAAGACAUCGAAAAAGUCAUCCUGACCCGGAGUGAAGCCUCCAUGACAGUCCUGAGCGGCCAUGUAGUGGUCUGUAUAUUUGGGGAUGUCACGUCCGCUUUAGUGGGGCUGCGAAACUUGGUGAUGCCUUUAAGAGCCAGCAACUUCCAUUAUCAUGAGCUAAAGCCUAUAGUUUUCGUGGGCUCGCUGGAUUACCUGCGAAGAGAGUGGGAAACUUUACACAACUUCCCCAAGGUCUCCAUCUUACCUGGUACACCAUUAAGUCGGGCAGAUUUAAGGGCUGUCAACAUCAACCUCUGCGACAUGUGCGUAAUACUGUCAGCCAAUCAGAACAAUAUCGAAGAUGCCUCACUGCAGGAUAAGGAAUGCAUCUUGGCAUCACUCAACAUCAAAUCUAUGCAGUUUGAUGACAGCAUUGGGGUCUUACAGGCUAAUUCCCAAGGUUUCACGCCUCCUGGAAUGGACAGGUCAUCUCCAGACAGCAGUCCAGUACAUGGCUUUGUGCGUCAGGCUUCCGUCACCACCGGAUCCAACAUCCCCAUCAUCACCGAACUAGUGAACGACUCGAACGUUCAGUUCCUGGACCAAGAUGAUGAUGACGACCCAGACACAGAGCUGUACCUCACUCAGCCCUUCGCCUGCGGCACGGCCUUCGCUGUCAGUGUACUCGACUCCCUGAUGAGUGCGACAUACUUCAAUGAUAAUAUCCUCACGCUGAUUCGGACGCUGGUCACAGGGGGAGCCACACCAGAGCUGGAGGCGCUGCUGGCCGAGGAGAACGCUCUCAGAGGAGGCUACAGCACACCGCAGACACUGGCCAACAGAGACAGGUGUCGCGUCGCCCAGCUAGCCCUCUACGACGGGCCAUUUGCUGACUUGGGGGACGGCGGCUGCUACGGGGAUUUGUUCUGUAAAGCAUUGAAGACGUACAACAUGCUGUGUUUCGGAAUCUACAGAUUAAGAGAUGCUCAUCUCAGUACACCAAGCCAGUGCACAAAACGAUAUGUGAUCACGAACCCCCCAUACGAGUUUGAGCUGGUGCCCACAGACCUGAUCUUCUGCCUCAUGCAGUUCGACCACAACGCUGGCCAGUCCCGGACAAGCUUAUCCCACUCUUCCCACUCCUCCCAUUCCUCCAGCAAAAAGAGCUCCUCCGUGCACUCCAUCCCCCCCUCCAACCGGCAGAACCGCAGCAGCAAGACCCGGGAGGCCCGCGACAAACAGAAAAAAGAAAUGGUUUACAGAUGAACCAGAAAAUGCCUACCCACGGAACAUUCAGAUCAAGCCCAUGAGCACUCACAUGGCCAACCAAGUCAACCAA